UCACAGGGAUUCUUACUGUAGACCUCUCACUCUGUGUGCCAGGAUGAUGGGCAUCUAUGAAAAGAGAACUUCGAGGCUGAAAGACCAAAAACGUGCUAAAACACUAACUACACAAAUUAGGCUUCAUUACCUUGUAUGCAGACAUUUGACAUCUACGACCACAGCAAACAUGGGCCUACAAAGAGCAACCGUUUAGAACCCCCACCAAAAUGUGAGACACCUGACAUCAGAUUUACUGGAUUUAGGCAAUGUUGCAUGUACAGUCUCUGUGAAUAAGCAUUUUGGGGAAUGUGAGGUGAGCAAUACGGAAAACGAAAGUGUGUGUACAAGGAACAUGACACGUAUUGAGCAUGUAUUGAUUUUAACAGACCGACUAUUAUUUUUACCACUCCCAACUGUCAAGUCCGUGUCGAAGAUAAAUGUCAGAACAACAUUCUCAAAAACAUUGUCGGAGAUAAUAUACUGGUGAUGCUGAGCGUUUGGCAUCCAACCCCCCAAAAAUACCUCUUCUGCAUUCCAGUCAUUGUUUUUACAGUCUCUGCAACCGUGUGAGACAGGUGACUCUCUUCCAGGCUGUCAACAGCCCUGAGAAAAAUGAUCAUCAUCAACCAGAUCCCCCACUCCCCACCAUGUAGUAACCAUUUUAGCAGAUAAUUAAUUUAUCCUGUAGAGUAUGUAUUUGUGCUAAAGAAGGCAUAUACUGACUAUCUUUGGAAACCAACUGUCAUUUUUCUUACUGUUGAGCUAGGCAAAAAAAACAUUACAAAAUUAAAGAAAGUUUCUAAAUGGUAGGUCAACCGAUCAUCUUAUUUUGAUUAAAACAUAAAAACAAUAUUAGGCACAUGAAGCUCAAAAAAACGGUAUUUGCGCUUAAAUGAAUUCAGAAUUAACUAUACUCAGUCCUACAAUCUGAGAGUUGUUGAUGAGAAGGAUCAGACUGAAACUUAACUCAAAAGAACAUUGAGCAUAACUGAAAAGGAACAUGGAUAUAUCAAACAUAACAAUGAACACAUUUUUUUGUUAAUCUAAUCCUGAUAGUUCUAUGGUGUCAGCUAUCUGACUUAAUCUUAAUAUUAUUUUAGCGGUUUGCUAACUUACAUGAUGUAUGUUUCUGUGCUAAAAAAGCAAAUAUGGUGUUUUUGGUCAAUUUAAAAAAGAAAUUGUCUAUGGAUGGAUGAAGAAUUAGAUAACCUUUUCGUAGCUGAAAGAUGCUUUCUGUAUACACAUUCCAACAGUCUAUGUUUUUUUGUAAAUGAAAAGUUUGUCUCUGUUACUGAAAAUAGAGGUCAUUCUCUGGUAUAUCUUGGUUCUCAAAGCAACAUAAUUAUAGAUCACAAAGCAGUAGGUCAGUAAUCAUGGGACUGUAUAAACACUCAUUAGACUGGGGUCAGAUGGCUGAGUGGUUAGGGAAUCGGGGUAUCGAUCAGAAGAUAGCCGGUUCUAUGCCCGGCUCUGCCAACACGUUGUGGCACCUUCACCCUACUUGCCUUGGGGGAAUGUCCCUGUACUUACUGUCAGUCGCUCUGGAGUGUCUGCUAAAUGACAAAAUAUAAAUGUAUUGAUUACAGUUUCCUGGAAACAUUCCAGAGAAACCAGUCAAACUUGAAAACCACGUGCAUGAUGCCCACAGUGACACCCACUAUCAUUCUAUAAAUUGCAGAUUACUGCAGAAUGAAACACUUUUGAGACCUUAGGUGGCGUAUGCUCGUAAUACUUGGUCAAUGAUGCUGUCUGCUGUGCCAUUAGUCUUUCUCCUCAUUCCCUUCCUGCAGAAAGGGGCACUUGGUUUCAAGGGAAUUUCUUGGAUUGAAAGUGGCUCAAAAACUCACCAACAAAUCACAGUUGAAGCAAUCUUGGAGACCACUGUACAGGUCUGCAGAGAUGUGGCCAUCGCUGAGGGACGAGACAUUUCAUCAGCGCCCAGACCCUUGACUACUGAGGGUGUUGCUCUAGCCUGCCAGUCCUCAGGGUCUGAGAGUUUCUCCAGAGCCCAAGGAGACUUAAAAUGGAGCAACACAUUAGUGGACUCCCAGAGGCUGCAUAGUCCCAGUUAUCACUUUGACAGUGAGACGUUCGAGGAGGGACGUAAACUCAUAACUGAUGGUAUGUCAGUGGUCAAAAAGAAUAUAAUCCAAGGAAAUUUACAGGCAGCAAGAGAGAAACUGGGAGAAAUCUCACACACAUUGCAGGAUUUCUACAGCCACAGUAAUUGGAUUGAAUUAGGAAAUCAACUUCCCCAUCCCAGUCUUAUCAGAUCUGACAUUUCCAUUGGCCCAGUUGCAGAUAGCAGCACACCCACCUGUAGGAGCUGUGUUGAGGAUGACUGUCGGAACAACAUUCUGGACAACAUUAUUAGAGACAAGAUACUAACCUCAGGAUAUUUCAACAUUUUUUCAUUUAAACCCAAAGGGAAGUGCAGCCAUGGAGACUUAUUGGACACAGCCAGUUUAAUUGAGCCAACGGGAGGCAUUAACAAGGACGACCUUGACGCUAAGCACGGGUUUUUACACCUGACUGCUGCGAACGUGGCGAUGGCCGCCACCAGAGAACUCCUGGAGGACAUCCGAGGUGCUGCUGGAGACAGAAACUUCCUGUGGAUGAUUGGGAUCUCCAAUGGAACCAAGGCUCUAUGUUUAGUGAUCGACACCACAGGCAGCAUGUCUGAUGACAUUGCUGAGGUGAAGAGGGUGUCUUCCUUCAUUGUUGACAGCAGGAGAGGAACAAAAGCUGAGCCCUCACUCUACAUCCUGGUCCCCUUCAACGAUCCAGAAUUUGGGCCACUAACGAGGACAACAGAUCCAGACUACUUCAAGACCCAGAUAAACAGUCUUACUGCUUCAGGUGGUGACGAUAUUCCUGAGUUGAGUCUGUCAGGACUCCAGCUGGCGCUAACAGCUGCUCCUCCAUCCUCGGAUAUCUUCCUCUUCACUGAUGCCCCGGCCAAAGAUACGCACCUAAGAGGCACGGUGACUGCACUGAUAGAGCGCAGCAAGUCAGUGGUGAAUUUCAUGUUGACUGGGGGCCUUGCGUCCAGAAGGAGAAGAAGAAGCAUUGGAAGUAUUGACACCCAGCUGUACAGGGACUUGGCCCAAGCCUCCGGGGGACAGGCCAUCCAGGUCACAAAGACCCAGCUGCCCCAGGCGACCAGCCUGAUCUUGCAGUCCACCAGCCCCAACCUGGUGACUCUUCUGCAGGCUGUAAGGAGCCCUGGAAAACCAGAUAACUUCUCCUUUGUUGUGGACGUGUCUGUGACCAAUGUGACCGUCUACAUUGUUGGGUCCGCCCCCUCAUUUACUCUUAUUAAUCCUGCAGGUGACAACAGUCUUUACAAUAUGUAUUUUUCUUGGUAUGACAUAUAUAACUAUUGUUUAAACUUGAUGAAACCAGAGCCCAUUAUUGUGGGGACAUUUCAAACAUUGCUGCUGAAUAAAAAAGUGGGGCUCUGGGAAAUCAGAGUUGACUCAGCGAGGCCCUACACUCUAAAGGUUGUAGGUCAGAGCACUCUCAAUUUUCUGUUUGAACUUGUGGAGGUUGCCCAAGGCUCAAGUCUGGCAAUUUUAAACACCCGUCCAGCAUCUGGCAGCAACGCCACCCUGGUGGUCACGGUAACAGGCAGCGACUCUGCGGAAGUGACGGAGGUGGCAUUGGUAGAGUCCUCGGGGACGCAGGAGAUCAAAGGCAGCGUGCAGCCAAUAGGGGGCGAAGAUUUCCUGGUGACGAUGGGUAAACUACCCGCCGGCGACUUUUUAGUGCGUUUUAGUGGAAUAGACAGCAGCAGCAGAACCCGGGCUGCACCAAUCAGCUUCCAGAGACAGUCCUCCACUCGUGUCCGGACCUCCAGUUUCUCGGUUACGGCUGUAUUUGACGGUGUCUUUGAGCCAGGAUCGUCCCCUGUAGUCCCAUUCACAGUGUCAACCAAUGGCACGGGAGGAGAAUUUGUUAUCCAAGCCACCAACAACCAGGGGUUCAGAUCCUCCUUUCCGUCCAGCCUGUUUGUGGAGACUGGGGGGAGCGCUAACGGAACUGUCACCCUCACAGUGCCCGCCGACACGCCCUCCGGCAGUGACGUCACCCUGACCAUUGAAGCUCAGGCCCCAGGGACGGUUGAAACCAAUUAUGCUGUGCUGCGCCUCUCUAUCACACGCCAGGCAACAGACGUGACUCGCCCUGUUUGCCAGAUCGUCAGCGUAACGGCCAACUGUUCCGCCAACUGCAGCCUGUCCACAUGGCAGCUCUCUGCCAACCUCUCAGACGGUAAUGGGACGGGCAUCCAGCGGAUCAGCCUGCGCCAGGGUGACGGCACCCUCAACACCACUAGGGUGUUGGACCCUGAGGGUGAAAACGUGACCCUGGCACUCUACAGUGCCUCCUGCUGCUCUCCAGAUGUAGAGCUGGUGGCUGUGGAUGGUGAGGGGAAUGUGGGCACGUGUUUCCGGUCCAUCAGGGUGGCGACGACAACGGCACCUAACACCACUGUCUUUACCUCUCUGCCUAUGACCAAUGCUACAACGGUGGCUACCACCAGCCAGGCACCUAACACUACUGUCUUUACCUCUCUGCCUAUGGCCAAUGCUACAACGGUGGCUACCACCAUCCAGGCACCUAACACCACUGUCUUUACCUCUCUGCCUAUGACCAAUGCUACAAUGGUGGCUACCACCAGCCAGGCACCUAACACCACUGUCUUUACCUCUCUGCCUAUGACCAAUGCUACAACGGUUCCUGUAAGCAAUCCCACCAGCAGUGGGAAUACUUUAGAUGUGUUUGCUUCCAUCUAUCUCACUGCUGUUCCUCUUGUAAUCCUUAAACUUGGCAUUUAGCUAUUUGGUGGAUUACAAUGUGAUAUUGCGAGUAUCACAACAGUAUGUGUGUAUGUAGAAGUUAUGAUUACUAUUGAGUAAUUAUUCUAUAUAAGAUUCUAUAUUCGAGUAUUCUUUAUUAUUAUUAGAUCAAGGAGCCAAAUAUUAUCAUUAUUUGGUAUCCAUCCAAUCAUCAUCUUCUGUUUAUCCGGGGUCGGUGUGUGUAAUUUAAAUACAUGAAAAUAUCUAUUUCUGAAAAAAAAAUCAGAAUUCCUGUUUAAAUGAUAGACUAGGCCUAUAAAAGUGGCCUAGUUAAUGAAAAAGAAGUCAGAUAAAGAUGUUGAAAAAAGUGCAUUUAUAAGAACUCAAUUCACAUUUUUGCUGCUUUCUGUUAUUUUGUGGCCUAGAUUAACAUUUAAAAUUUUAACAUUUAGUCAUUUAGCGGACGCUUUUAUCCAGAGUGACUUACAGUAAGUACAGAGAC